AUGUACUUAAAAAUAAAUAAAUAUAUUUUCAGAAUGCUGUACUCAUCUAUUGUUAUAAUCCUCGUGAUCGGUGCGGUGGCAUGCUCUCCUGAACGCGUGCAGAAUGAAAACGAUCAGAAACAUGAGCAAGACGCACAUGAGGAUGGCCACGUUGCCCCAUUGGAGAAGAGAUCGCCUCACUACGAUUUUGGAUUGGGCAAACGGGCGUACAGUUAUGUGUCGGAAUAUAAAAGGCUGCCCGUAUACAACUUUGGGUUGGGUAAAAGGUCGCGACCAUACUCCUUCGGACUUGGAAAGAGGUCCGUAGAUGAAGACACUGAUGAGGAUUUCACCAACGAUAUUGAUCAGGCAACACAACCAGAAGUCUUUGAAUAUGAUGAAGCGCCAGAGUAUGAAGUAAAAAGAGCUCGACCCUACAGUUUCGGUCUCGGCAAACGUUUCGUAGAAGAUGAAGAAGAGGAGAAGAGAGCUAGAAUGUACGACUUCGGCCUAGGCAAGCGGCCACAUUUAUACAGCUUCGGCCUUGGCAAACGGGCUAGAAGCUACAACUUCGGCCUUGGUAAGCGAUUGAGCAGCAAAUUUAAUUUUGGCCUUGGCAAACGUGAGAGGGACAUGCACAGAUUUGGAUUUGGACUCGGCAAGCGAUCAGAGAACUCGGAAAACAGCGAGUACUUGGACAUUUAAAUAUUUAAAAUUUGUGGUGCCAUUGUUCAUGUAUUCCUUUCGACAAGACACGCAUCCUUAACAGUCAAAAUUGAAUCAUAAACAUAUGAAUUAAUAACGCUAUGAUAUGUAUGAUGCACUUUCCUAUUUACAUUUGUUACUGACUUAUCAAAUAUAUUAGUGUUGUUUUAAUUGAAUUCAGUUACGAAAAUCCCAGCCUAUGUUCGUAAUUGAAUUCUUUCAUUAACCACGUGUUUCGCGUCUUCAAAUUCCUAGUUGACUUAUUGAUAAUGAACCUUAAUUUUUGUAAUAUAAGUUGUUGUAGUCAUAGAUUCUGUAAAAUAAUGUUAAUCGAUAUGCUUGUAAUUAGUGUCUACGAAUUUUCGGGUAUCCAAUUUAUAUAAAUUUCCUUUAACAAUAUUAAUUGCCAUGAAAUUAGCUCACUGUGCCAAAAUGAUUUUCGUUUUAAAACAGUAAAUCAAUUGUUUUAUUACAUAUCUUAAUUUUCAUAACGAAACAGUAUUGUAGCGGCUAAUCUAGUCAAUUAUCAUAAAAAUUCGUGGAUACAUCAAAACUAAGUAUUGUGAAGACUAAGCUGUUUUGAUUAUAAAUGUACAUUAAAGUAUAAAAAUCUUAGAUUAUUGCAUCAUUA